GCUUUUCUUUGCUUCCGCAGACGAUGCACGUCCGCUGUGACGCGACAUGGUCGGAUACCUGGAGGAGGACCCCUUCACCUUCACCGCUGCCAGGCUCCUGGAACUGCUCCAAGGAGAGAUCACUCAGCGAGAAGUCGGCCGACGACCGUGGGUCUUUACCUACAAAAAGUUCAAUGUUCACCUCAGCAACUUGAGUGUUGAAAUCGACGUCCAAGGUACUUCCACCACAAUUGGCCUGGUUCCGGCCAAAGACGCGACCCAACUGUGCUCCUUGUAUCUGCCCAACCUCGCAACACAGGAUGCAUCCCUCGACAUUACACGACUGGAUGAAGCGCACCGCAGGGCUCUGACAUGUCAGUAUACGACAGAAGAGAUCUCUCACACAACCGUCGCUCGCCACGCUUCGUCCAUCCUCACCCGACUUCCAGCAACCCCGCCGCCCUUCACUGGCGCCUGCGAGGCUUUGGUGGAUUUGGACCUUGGUGCCGAUAACUUCCUUCCGGGCAGGCCUGCCGACUGGCCAAAUCUCAGGGCUGUCAGAUUUGUCGACUCUAAUGUGCUGCGCUUAGCUCUGCACAUAGGCUCGACAGCAGAAUAUGUCGGCGAAAACCAUGGAUACCAAUGGCUUAGCGCUCAUCCAAAAAAACUAGCAAACUAUAUAUCCAUCGUCUUCGAGGCUGCCUUUGGGAUUUAUACCCGACUGAAAAAGCGCCAGCUGCCAACCCGCCGCAAUCUUUUUGUCCUUUUGGCUUUUCUCUGGACUUCGUGGCAUCGGCUCGUCAUGCUGUUCUAUCACCACACACUUGGCAUGCACCUCCGAGCCGGCUACGACUUUGAGAGGAACAGGGUGUCGUCUAUUGACCUGACGUCGUUGAUGAGGAAGCUGUCUACCACACACACCAUGCAGGCGACGCCACAGUAUAUGUGCAACUGGGCUCUCCUGCACGUCUUCAGAGACCGAGCCGCCAUGCCGCCAGACUUUCGAGCAUUCAAGCACCGGUUCAGCCAGGUUUUUGCGUCUCAUGAAGCAAGGUGCCUUGGCAACUCUUCUCAGUGUCAAGGACUAGGACCGGCGAACUGCAUGCGGUUCAAGGGCGCCACAAUUCUGGACCAGUCUGCGCAUGGCGACCCGUGCCAAGGAGGGACAGGCUGCCACAAGCUCUUCUGGGACGAGGCGUCCUUUCGGAACCAAGCAGGCGGAGGCGGGCGAGCCGUCUCGUUGGAGGCGACCGACGAGACUCACAUCCACUAUCAGCCAGCGGGGUUAAAGACUCUGGCCAUAUCGCAUGUGUGGAGCCACGGACAAGGAGGCCGGCCAGAAGAAAACACCCAGGCUCUCAGCGGUGGCCAGAAAUAUUCCGGGGGAUUCAACAUCUGUCUGCAUGCUCGGUAUAAGCGGGUAGCCGAGAGUCUGGGAUGCGACUCGUACUGGAUGGACACGCCGUGCAUCCCAUGCGACCACGAGCUUCGGCGGGAAGCAAUCGCCAACAUCAACACUGUAUUCUCCCAGGCCAUGGUCACCCUGGUGUGCGACCGCGACAUGAUGAGCAUCAAUGCCAGCAACCUGACAAUGGAGCUCCAGGAGUCGAUUCUUUCAGCCCUGCUGGUAUGCGACUGGAACGUUCGCGCGUGGACGCUUCUCGAGGCGAUUCGUGGAAGGAAAAACAUCCACCUGCUCUUCAAGGGCGACAAGACGAUACGCCUAAUGGACAUUCUGUGCGCCGUCCAUUCGGCGGGCGACAUCUCCGUUGUCAAUCUCUACCUGACCGCGCAGCACCUCAUCCCUGCCGUCCAGACCGCCACAGACAACCCGUCGUCAACAUCGACCACCACGGCCGACACCAGGGCAGUCCGGACUGUUCCCGGGAGCAUAGAGUCGAAUGAAUCUAACGAACUGGCCUCUGGCCUACUGAGCGUGCAAGAGGCUGCCUGUCUCCUGAGCCACCGCCAUGCGUCGCGAAAGGGCGACGAGGUCGUCAUUUGGAGUCUGCUAUGCAGUGAAACGCUCUGCUACACGGCUAAAGACUUUUGGGACGCGUGCGUGCAGCGAGCAAAGAACCGGUCUCAACUCCUCCUGGUGCCUACCGGGCUGCUCAUGUCGAGCGUCCCAAGACUUCAGGCCAAGGGCCUGUCCUGGGCGCCCUCUAGGCCUAACCUGCCCGAGGAAUGCUACACCACGCCACGGCCCGGAAACGCCAUCAUCGCAGGCGACGGCGCGGGCACUGUGAUUGGAAUCUACCAAGAGGCCAAGCUGGUCGCCGGGUGGAACGUGGUGCGAUUCGACGGCGGUCGUCGCCGUGCGUUAUCAUUAUUCACAAAAAACUCGUCCGUCUUACUGCCGCGCGUGCCGGGCUACUGGUUUGGCGUCACGAGCGGCCAGCGCCUAUCGACGGCAAGACGCCUCGACCGCAUCGCGCGCGAGUACCUGCCAGGGUACAAGUUUGGAGCCCUCGCGCGGUCCGCCCCGCUGGCCACGGAUGUGCUGGACGGGGCGAACAUGCGCGAAUACGGAGAGGGCGGCGCCGUCGUUGCCGUGCUGGGGACCAACGAUGACCGCGAGCACCCGGACCGGGUUGCACAUGGGGAUGCCCGAGGGGCCUGGACGUGGGUGGGCGUCUUCAAGUGGGAUGAGGAUUUGGCGCCGCUCCCGACGUUCAAGGGGGAGUGGCUUCGGAUUGAGUGACAGUUUCGUAUAUUUGCAAGAAAAAGGAAAUUAAUUGCAAUUUGUGGGCAAAUAAAUAAAUCCCUUGGAAUUGGCCGGAUUUUGAAUGGUAGAUCAUGAAAGUUUGAGUUUCGAAAGUGUGGCAGAUUAAAUUCAGGAGACUUGGAUUUCGUCCCAAGUGAUAAGAAAAAUUAAAAAAG